AUGGACGGUCGAGGUAGUGACCCACCGGAUGACGCCUCCCAGGCGCCGAUGGCUGGCGGCAUGCCCAGCAUGGCAGCACUUGGCUAUGGAGCACCUGCUCCAAGUCAUGAGGCACUCAUGCACAUGAUGGGAGCACAGCAGCAGCAGCAGCAUCAGCAACAGUUGGACCAUAGCGGUGGUGGUGGCAGUGAUGCAUUCGCACAAGCACACAUGGCGGCGGGCAUGGCUGGCAUGGGAGGAGGAUUCCCUGGAAUGCAGGGCAUGCACCCAUUCGGAGGUUUUCCUGGAAUGCAAGCAGCAGCCGGUUUUGGGAUGGAUCCGUCCAUGAUGAAUCCCAUGUUUCUACAGGCGCAAGCAGCAGCACAAGCCGAUCCCAUGUCGCAGGCAAACGCCGCUCUCGGACAAGCUCAGAACAACACCAUGAACUCCUCCGCUGCCUUGGCAGGCGCCAUGAAUGCUCAAGGCAUGAUGAAUCCCAUGAAUGCUGCCAUGGGCAUGAACGCCAUGAUGGCGGGAGGUGCCGAUCCCAACAUGCUCAUUCGUCAAAUGAUACAGCAACAACAAGCAGCUGCUGGUGGAAACUUUUUUGGAGCACCCGCAUCAGCUCAACAGCAAAAUAUGUUUGGCCUAGGUGCUGGACUCUCGGGUGCUGCAGGCAUAUCGGCGGCGUCCUACUUGUCCAUGGCUCAGCAAGCUGGAGUUGGAACUGGAGCAAACCCUGCAGAACUGCAACAAUCCAUGAUGGGCGGCAUGAUGGGAGGAGCCUCUGCUGCAGCGGGUGGAGGAGCUGCAGUGAAUCCAUUUGAAACGGCAAACCGAAAGACCAAAAACAAAAAGGCAAAGAACAAACCAAAGCGGCCCCUUUCAGCUUAUAACCUCUUCUUCAAAGACGAACGCGCACGAAUAUUAUCGGGCAUCCCGGACGAUGGCAAGAAAAGCAAAAAGGCCAAGACAAAGAAAGAAGAUGGCGGCGAUGAGAAUAGUAAGGAAGGCAAUGAUGAAGAAGGUGCAAAAGUAAAGGAAGAAAAAGACGCCGACGGCGACCAAGAUGGCGAUGACGGCAAAAAUGGAGCUGGCAAGAAACGAAAGCGAGUGCCCCAUGGCAAGAUUGGUUUUGAAUCCUUGGCCAAGAGUAAGUUUACAUACAUACAACCCACAGUUCCCUGUAUUCUGUUAGAAUCUGGUCCUCUCAGCGUUGUUUUGAUUCUCCUGUCUCUCGUACUGGUACCCACUAAAGUGAUUGGUCGUAGAUGGAAAGAGCUGCCUCCGGAGGAAUUGGAAGACUACAAGAAACGCGCUGAGGAGGACAUGAAGCGCUAUCGCAAGGAAAUGGAAGUGUACCUGCAAAAGCAACGAGAAGGAUUGGAGCAAAGCCGUGAACAAUUAGAGAACAUGGUAGACGAGGAAACGAAGAAGCGGUACUUUGGAGGAGAAGGCGGUGGAGGAGGAGACUAA